GUAAGGUGACCUAACUUAGGAUCGUUUAUCUCAGGAAAAGUGAAAUACUCUUACAUUCUCUGCAUCGUGAACCUUUUCAAACAUACAUAUACAUAUGUAUGUAUGUACAUACGAUCUCUGUAUGAUUUGUCAACAAGAGCAAAGAAAGUUGUAUGUGAAAGAGCUAUUAGUUUCCAAGCAAGGAAUUUCAAAAUCAAACUAAGGGCGACGAGAAAACACGAAAACAUCGCGUUGAUAGUGUUCUGAUAACACUAUUGUGUAAACCUAUAUAGAAAAAAAUGCAUACAUAUGUAUGUAUAUAAUAUCUAAACCUAUAUAGGUUUGUAUAAACCUAAGUAUACAUACAAUAAAAUAUAUAAAUCUAUAUAGGUUUAUACAAUGGAUAACACGCUUUCUGCUCUUAUUCGUAACAUUUCGGCGCUAUGCAAGUCAGCAUUACUUUGCGUUUAGAAAUUCUUUUCAUAGUUGCCAUUGAUCUUGAUUGUGGAAAUUUUAAUUUCGCCAUCUAUUUUUUGUGUGUAAUGCACAAAGAAUGUAGAAAUAUAGAGAAGGUUCAAUCUUCAUUCUCUGUGGAAAUAUGAAACGAAAAUCUGUUAUGUGCGACGUGGACGAACACAUUCUGAUUUUAAGUAUUUUGCUCUUCUUUUUAAAUAGUUUAUUUGAAAUAAUCCUAAAAAAAAUGAAUAUCAAAGCACUUACGGCUGUAAUAUGCGUUUUUGUGGGAUGCUGCAGCAAUGUUGUAUUUCUAGAAUAUCUUGUAAAAGAAGAUCCCGGAGCUGGGAAUCUCAUAACAUUUUCACAGUUUCUUUUUAUUGCUCUUGAAGGGUUAGUACAUAUAAUUGCGUCUCGCGAUUUUGUGCCGAAAAUACCUCUGCGUAAUUACUCCCUUCUUGUGAUUCUAUUUUUUGUAACAAGUGUGGCCAACAACUUUGCGUUUGACUUCAAUAUACCAAUGCCUUUACAUAUGAUAUUUAGGGCUGGAUCACUUAUUGCUAACAUGAUAAUGGGAAUAAUUAUUUUGAAAAAGAAAUAUGUUUUCUCGAAGUAUUUAUCCGUUUUCAUGAUAACCGCUGGAAUUGUGUUGUGUACAAUUAUUUCGGGAAGUAGUGUGAAAAGUGCCACUGUCAAACCAACAGAGGCCCUGGAUGUUGGAUAUUCCGACUUCUUUAUAUGGACUCUUGGGAUAGGUUUACUCUCCAUUGCUCUUUUUAUAUCUGCAUAUAUGGGCAUUUGUCAGGAAACUCUGUACAAGAAAUUUGGCAAACAUCCUCAAGAGGCUCUCUUCUUUACGCACUUGAUUCCCUUACCUGGUUUCAUUUUCAUAUACAAAAACAUUUGGGAACAUUUCAGUAUUGCCACAAAUAGCGAACCAAUGGCAUUACCAAUAAUUUCUAUUAUUGGGUUUAAUGUUGAAAUUCCUCAAAUGAUAUUUUAUUUAAUGUGCAACGUUAUUACGCAGUAUCUUUGUAUAAGAUCAGUAUAUAUUUUAACAACUGAGUGUGCCUCAUUAACAGUUACGCUUGUCGUAACAUUGAGAAAGUUUGUAUCACUGCUUUUUUCUAUUAUAUAUUUUAAAAAUCCGUUUACAAUUUACCAUUGGAUUGGUACGGGACUGGUUUUUUUCGGUACGAUAAUCUUUACUGAAGUAGUUCCACGAAUUUCUGAGCAUAUGCAACUUAGGAAACAUAAAAAAGAAUAAAUCAACAAAUGAAGUAUAUGCGUUCUUAAAAAUCCGUAUAUAUUAAGUUAACGUAAAUUGUAAAUAGGUUUUUGUUGGGUAACGAAUUUAAUAUAAUUUGUGUAUAUGCUUGGAUAAAAUAAAAAUUCAAUAGAUAUAA